AUGACAGCCUCGCGCAGGGGAGACGCUUACUUCCAGAGUCUCUACGCCAAGGAGCCCGACUUCCAACGCCUUGCGUUGCACGAUGCCGACUUCAGAGCCAUCCUCAGCCCGAGCCACCAGCUGGACUUCACCGACCCGGCUGCCGUCAAGCAACUUACCAAAUCCCUGCUGAAGAUCCAUUUCAACAUUAAUAUCAAUCUGCCAGGCGACAGGCUGUGUCCGCCUGUCCUAAAUAGACACAACUACAUACUAUGGCUCAAGGGCCUACUCGACUCAAGCUCGUACAAUGAGCCUGGGGGGAAGCUCGUCGGCCUCGACAUUGGGACGGGCGCAUCCUGCAUCUACCCCUUACUCGGCUGUGCCCAAAGACCAUGGUCUUUCAUCGCCACUGAUGUCGAUGCUGAGAACUUGAAGCACGCAGAGAUGAAUGUGCGUAUGAACGAUCUACAGUCUCGCGUACAGGUUCUGCCCCGCAAACUCACAGACCUUAUGGUGCCUUUGGAUGAGCUCGAUCUGGAUAGGAUUGACUUCGUCAUGACCAACCCUCCCUUCUACGAGUCCGAAGAGCAGAUGCUCAAGUCGGCUGCGGCCAAGUCGCGUCCGCCUCAUUCCGCCUGCACUGGUACACCGGUGGAGAUGGUCUGCCCAGGCGGGGAAGUCGCCUUUGUCGACCGCAUUCUACAUGAGUCCCUGCAGCUCAAGCAGAGAGUGCAAUGGUACACUUGCAUGUUUGGAAUGGUCUCAAGCCUCGAGGUCAUGGUGCAGAAGUUGAAGGAACGCGGCGUGUACAACUAUGCGGUCACUGAGUUUGUCCAGGGCAAGAAGACACGGCGAUGGGCUGUCGCGUGGAGCUUUGGGCCAAUGAGACCGAGCCAGGUUGUUUGCAGGGGCAUGAAGGCAACGCCUUGGAGGAAGAUACUGCCGGCUGUGGUGGAGGUGGAGGUCUUGGCUAUUGGCAACAUUUCAGUGGUGGCCAAAAAGGCCGAUGAGCUGUCUGGACUCGUGGGAUCAUUGCAACUCUUGUCGUGGGAAUGGGACAGGGAGAAGUUGAGCGGCAUCGGGCGGGCGAGGGAGAAUGUCUGGAGCAGGGCAUGGCGGAGGAAGAGGAAGCGCGGCGAGGAAGAUGGACCGGCGGCUGCUCAUGACACCAGGGGAAAGGAUCAGUGCGUGUUGGGUUUCUCUCUGUCGAUGAGCGUCCGGAAGGCCGAUGCUGUUGUAAUAUGCAGGUGGCGAGAAGGCCAUGACGAGUCUAUCUUCACGAGCUUCUUGUGUUCAAAAAUGUCGAACUCUCCCACACCGUCACAGGCGCAAUCGCGCUUCAAGGCGCCGAACAACAUGUCUACGCAAGAGCGCAUCUCGACCAAUACUGUCGGACUAGUGAACCUGUCCGACUUCCGCAAACGCAGAGCAGAAGUGCUGGAGCAGCAAGAGCGCGAGGCCAGGGAAGCGCUGCGCUCAGGUACGACUACCCCUUUGAUCGACCGAUCACAGAGCGCGACUCCGAGUAACCUGAGCGAUGGGGGUAGCGAACGGCCCGUCAAGAAGCAGAAGAAACCCAAGAAGGCGCUCGUGUCGUUCGGUGAUGAUGAGGAAGACAACGACGCGGGGCCUGUCUUGAAACCAAAGGCCAAAGGAAUCACGGCCACCGACUCAAGCACCACGGGUGAUGACCAGCCAGAGCCGAGCACCAACGGCGACGUUGCCACCAAGGAUGGCAAGAAACCAAGCGGGAAGAUCUUGGCCAAUGCCUCUGUCGGCUUCGUUCCUCGCGCCAUGACAAAGUCGGCACUACGACGCGAAGCGGCUGAGCGGGACACGCUCAGGAAGGAGUUUCUUGCCCUCCAAGAAGCCGUCAAAGCCACCGAAAUCGCGAUGCCUUUUGUGUUCUACGACGGCACCAACAUUCCCGGUGGUACAGUACGUGUCAAGAAAGGGGAAUUCGUCUGGGUGUUCCUGGACAAAUCCCGCAAGGUCGGCGCCGAGCUGGGUGUUGGUGGCGAGAAGAAUGCCAACGUCAGGAGGGAGUGGGCGCGCGUCGGCGUUGAUGAUUUGAUGCUGGUUCGCGGCACGAUGAUCAUCCCACACCACUACGAAUUCUAUUUCUUCAUAAUGAACAAGACUGUUGGCCCGGGCAACGUCCGCCUAUUCGACUACAGCGCCGAAGCCCCAACCAAGAUCCCUCGCGCGUCAGGAUCACCCGAACCACCGCCGAAUCCCCUUUCCACGCCUGCCGGAAAGGGUGGUAUCAAUACCAAUCUGGUGGACAUCAACACUCUCGAGGGCGCGGACGAGGAUCCUGCGUUCACCAAGGUCGUCGAUCGGCGAUGGUAUGAGCGCAACAAGCACAUAUACCCCGCGAGCGUGUGGCAGGAAUUCGACCCCGAGAAGGACUAUACGAGUGAGAUUCGGAGGGAUACUGGUGGCAACACAUUCUUCUUCACGAAGUGA